AUGCGGGGCGUCCAGAUAUUUUCGGGGAAUUCCCACCCUGGCCUCGCAGAUACUAUCUGCGAGCGUUUAGGCACUGUGCCUGCCAAAGCUAACCUAGGAAAAUUUGCCAAUGGCGAGACCAGUGUCAACAUCGGUACCUCAGUGCGGAACCAAGAUGUUUACAUCAUUCAAAGUGGUAGCGAGAAGAUUAACGAUAGUGUUAUGGAGCUCCUGAUCAUGAUCUCAGCGUGCAAGGGUGGCUCAGCGAAGUCCAUUACAGCGGUCAUGCCAUAUUUCCCAUACUCGCGCCAAUCUAAGAAGAAGAGUCAUCGUGGUGCCAUCACGGCCCGCAUGCUCGCCAAUCUCCUCACGAUCGCUGGCGUGGACCAUGUGAUCACCAUGGACCUGCACGCAUCCCAGAUGCAAGGAUUCUUCGGAAAGCCGGUCGACAACCUCUUCGCCGAACCGUUUAUUGCCCGCUGGAUUCGGAUGAAUGUUCCUAGCUGGAAAGACGCCGUGGUGGUUAGCAAGAAUGCUGGCGGAACCAAGCGAGUCACAUCGCUGGCUGAUACUUUGAAGCUCAACUUCGGUAUCGUUACGACGGAUCGCCGGCGUCCGAAGGUCUCUGUGGCCACUAUGACUGAUAGCACAGUCUUCUUCGAUGCCGUGGAUGAAGAUCCCCUCGCGACCAAGGAAGCACAGCCUUUCGAGCUUCAUAUGCACAGUUCUAACAGAACGCCUGCAACACCUCCCAUCCCGGAAGAGCCGGAGCCAGUCACUCCCCCUCCUGCGCGGUAUUUUCUGCGCCCGGAAACCCCACCUGCGGCCCGCCGCCCAUCGGAGCUGGAAGCAGCAUACGAGUACACGGACGUGCGUGUGCGGGAUGUGAUCACCGGUCGCCUGGUCCAAGGUCAAUUGGUUGAUGAUGAUUAUCGUAUCAACGAAGAGUCACAGUCUGGCGGCACCACACCGGGAGCUGGCAGUAGUAACCAUGACAACACAGAGGCUAUCCCUGAUUCUAUGGUUAACUCCAUGGUCUCCAACGCCUCCUCGCAACCUCCUGAUCAUGCGCUCGGUGGCUCCUUCGACGCAGUUGAGUCUGACGACGAAGCUAGUGUCUGUGGCGGCCAUGUCGAUGAAAGGACCAUCACGUUGGUGGGUGAGGUGCGUGACCGAUCUGUCUUCCUUGUUGAUGACAUGAUUGACAAGAGCGGAUCGUGGAUCGCGGCUGCCGAGACUGUCGUCAAGCGUGGCGGGGCUAGCAAAGUUUACUGUAUUGCCACCCACGGAUUGUUUGGGGAGAACUCCUUAGAUCAGAUGGAAGCUUGUCGCUCAAUCGACCAUAUUGUCGUGACCAACACUUUCCCGAUCUCACCGUCGAUGUUGCGGAGAUCAAAAAAGUUGAUUGUCAUUGAUGUAUCGAGUCUAUUGGCAGAGAGCAUCCGGAGGCACCAUUAUGGCGAAAGCGUCUCGGCUCUCUUCCACCUUAACGACUGA